AUGAGGUCAUGGCCUUCUCCUUUCUGCCGUUCCCUGAAUCUAAACAUUCUCCCUCCACCUCCGUCAUCCACAAUUCCCCCACCCCUCCCCCCCCCCUCCCCUUCUUCCCCUUCUUCCCCCCCCCUUACCCCCUCCCCACGGCAGUACUUUCCGCCGUUUGGGGGCAUGGGUCAGCCCCUCGGCUCGUUUGAGCAGAGCUUUCACGUGUACCCCGUCUCGUUCAUAGAUAAGGCUCACCUCGAGAACGGCGAUAAAGUCAUCAUGCCCCCCUCUGCUCUUGACAGGCUCGCAUCACUCCACAUAGACUACCCCAUGCUCUUUGAGGUGCACAACGCAGCGGCCAACCGCACGUCACACUGCGGCGUGUUGGAGUUUAUCGCAGAAGAGGGAUAUGUGUACAUGCCGUAUUGGAUGAUGCAGAAUCUGCUGCUGCAAGAAGGGGACAUUGUGCGAUUCAGAAACGCCACCCUCCCUAAAGGAACCUACGUGAAGCUGCAGCCACACACCAAGGACUUUCUAGACAUCUCCAACCCCAAGGCUGUGCUCGAGAUGACUCUGCGAAGCUUCUCCUGCUUGACGAAGGGGGAGAGCAUCAUGGUGGCAUACAACAAUAAGCGCUACUUCAUUGAUGUUGUGGAUGCGCGCCCAGCUGCAGCCAUCUCCAUUAUCGAGACGGAUUGUGAAGUCGAUUUUGCGCCGCCACUCGAUUAUGUGGAGCCGGAACGAGUGCCUACACCCGUUAAAGCACCUGCUGCUGGUGCUGCUGCUGCUGCUGCCGGCGGCUCUGAAGCUGGAGGGAAGAAGGGCGCUGGGAAGGACGGAAAAGCAGAAGCAGCCCCCCCACCUGAGGAGCCCGCCUUCACGCCAUUCGUCGGCACCGGCAGGCGAUUGGACGGCCGCCCAGCAGCCUCCCCCUCCUCGCCUGCCACAUCAGCAGCCGCCACGUCAGCAGCAUCAAGGGAGGGCGUAUCUGGGGCAGGCGGGGCCGGUGGGGCUCGUAGCAGUGGUGGUGGCGCUGGGAGUAGUAGUUCGGGUGGUGCUGCUGGUGGUGCUGGUGUGGCGAGUGGGGGGAGGAAGGAGGGUCGGCUGGUGUUUGGAUCGGGAGACGGAGCACCACGAGCGGGUCCCAAGGCCCCAAAGAAAAAGGAGGAGCCUCAGAAGGAAGAGCCACAAAAGCCAUCCUUCCAAGCCUUUUCUGGAAAGGGUUUUUCUUUGCGCCAAAGCCAAGCUGAUACUGGGUGGUUCGAGCUGCAUAGAACUGGCAAGGCUGUGCUGAUAGUGGGUGGUUCGAGCGGCAUAGGGCUGUGCAUAGGAGAGAUGGCGGUGCAGCAGGGGGCGAGGGUGGCGAUCGCUGCUCGUAACAAGGACCGGCUGGCCUCAGCACACAAGCAGCUAGAGGCUUUGCUUCUACCCGACACCCCCUCGUCUGAUUUCCUCCUAUCCGUGACGGCCGAUGCGGCGAAUCCGGACGAUGCAAGGAGAGCCAUUGAUCAAGUGGUGGCCGCGUUUGGACGGCUGGAUGUGGUGAUCUGCUGCCAGGGGCAGAGCACCCCACAUCAAUUCGAGUUUGAUACCGUGGAAAAUCAGCAGCAGGUGCGUGUGUCGUCAAACUACUGGGCGUCUGUGUAUGUCAUCCGAGCAGCCUUGCCUCUUCCCCACCCCUCCCUCAACGCACCCACCUCCCCCACUUUCCCCCACUCUUCCUCCCCCUUAUCACAUCAGCUCAUGAAUGUCAACUACUGGGCGUCAGUGUAUGUCAUCCGAGCAGCGCUGCCAGCCGUGAAACGGGCCGGCAAGGACGGGCGGAUAAUGCUGGUGUCGUCUCAGGCAGGGCAGGUGGGUAUCUAUGGCUACACAGCCUACUCGGCCGCGAAAUUCGCUUUAAGAGGGCUGGCAGAGGCACUACAAAUGGAGCUGGAGCACGUGGGGACGAGGGUGGUGAUGCUGUUCCCUCCUGACACCGACACGCCCCAGCUGCAGCAAGAGAACGUAACCAAACCGGCAGUCACCAAAGCCAUCACAGAAGGCAACAAGCCCUUUCCUCCCAUGGCGGUCGGGAGAGCUGCGAUCUCAGCCGUCGAACGCGGAGAUUUCCUCGCUCCUGUCGGAUUCGACGGCUGGAUGCUCAGCAUCGCCACUGCAGCCCUUCCUCUCCAUCCUCCUUAUAGGCAUGAUUCCCUGUGCUUCACUCAGCAAAAUAUAGGUUACCUCCACUUCCUCCUCACCUCCCUCCCUGUUCUGCCAACCACCCCACCCCCCCCCCCCCGCUUUCCUCCUCCUAUCCUCGUUUUAGGCAUGUCGCCCUGUGUGUCACUCAACAAGCUCUUACUGGAGCUGCUUCUAGCGGGGCCAAUGCGGCUGGUGGCAGCAGCAACAGUGGCGGGCUUUAAUGCGAGUGCGAGGCGGUGGCAUAGAAUCAACCACGGCAGAGGAAUGUAUGAAGAUCACCAGAAAGCAUUCAUCCGUCUCUUCCUUCCUCUCCUUGCAUUCGCCGCGGCCAUUCCGCAACCGGCGCCGCCAGAAGCGGAGAAGAAGCAGCCAAUCAGCGACCUUGUGUGGCCCGCCGUCGGCGCAUUCGUGUCCUUUGCAGGAUUCGCGUUAGCGGACCAUCUGUUACAGUCACACGGCCUCACAGUCUCCCUGGGAUCCUUUGGUGCCGUCUGCUGCCUCCUCUUCGCCCUGCCGCAAGCAGCCGUCUCCCAGCGCAAGACCAUCUUGAUAGCCCACGUGGGAACAGCCCUCAUAGGAGUGGCGCUCUUCUGCCUGCUGGGGCCGUCAUGGCUCGCUAAGGCCACAGCAGUUGCUGCUUCUAUCGCGUUCAUGCAAUGCACCAACUCCGUCCACCCCCCUGCUGCCGGCCUCCCACUUAUUUUCCUCGACGCCCCCAAGUUUCAUCGCCUCAAAUGGUGGUACCCGCUCUUCCCAGGCCUUGUGGGCUGCCUCUGGCUUUUCCUUGUG